AUGUCAAAGAACACCAACAUCCUCAAGAAGUCAAGGGCAAGUAUUAUUGCAAAGAAUAGCGCCAACACCAACAGCAUUGCUCAGUUGAAACUGGUUGAGCACAACCCCAGUGAUGACCUCGAGUCACUGUUCUACAUUUUUUUCAAAUUCGUUUCAAAGUAUGGGGGUGUGCACAGUGCAGUUGCUCCAACUUGGGAUAAGACAACUAUGCCAUGGGCGGAUGCUUACAAGAAUUUGGGUGCUACAAGCAGUUUGCUUGCCACCUUUUUGGCAAAGAAGGGAGCCAUGUCCGAAAGUGAUAUUCUGAUAGACAGGGUAUCAGACUACUUUGCAGAAUUCAAGCCCAUUGUUGACGAAUGGCACAAUCAAAUUUAUCGCAUGAAGUCCAAUCUCAACGGGGCCAUUGUUCACGAUCACAUCUUCCAAAUGCUUGUCAAAUUCAUUAUGAAACUUGACGAUGAAAAACCCACCCCAUUGCCCUCUCCAGUAGCUCCCCCUGGUGCCCCCCCCCCCCUGCCCCCCCCCGGUGCUCCCCCCCCCUGCUCCCCCUGUGCUCCCCCUGGUGCCCCAAGUCAUACUGGAGCUCCCCCCACAGCAGGAUCUUCACUCCAUCGUUCAUUAAGGCUCAGCACACUGGCAGGCCAGACCUAA